GUGACGAAUUAAUACGAUUAGGAAACGAUCACAAAUUGAAGUUACCUCUUCCUUUUCCUUCUCUCUCUCUCUCUCUUCACUCUUCUCCUUAUUCUUCUUCCAUAACGUUCCUUUUUAAUGCCACUUCUCAAACCCUUAAUAAACCACCAAACUCGUUCUUUCAAAUUUCUCUCGGAAAAUUCAUCUCCGGUACCACACCGAUGGCCGAACAGUUUUCCUCCUCCGUCGAAUUCGGACUCAACCUCUCUAAGAGAAUUCACCACGUUAAAGAAUCAGCUCCGGCACCGGCUCCGGCUAUGUCAAGGUCGCCGAAGUUACACCUACCGUCGGCGCCGAUGUGUUACGCGGUGAUACCUGAUCCACAGAUAGUAGAUAACCCGGACAUUCGGAGUUAUCAACCGUAUGUGUACGGACGGUGUGAUCCUCCGGCGUUGAUACCACUUCAGCUUCACGGAAUUGGCAUGGAAGUUGAGUGUUGUUUAGAUACGGCGUUUGUAACUGUCACCGGAAAGUGGCGCGUGCAUUGUAUUAUGGCGAGUAGUAUCUGUGAUUGUCAGGUUGCUAUACCAAUGGGUGAACAGGGUUCACUUCUAGGUGUCGAGGUUGAUGACUCUGGAAGAUCCUAUCAUACUGAAUUGAUCUCUCUGAAGGAUGAAAAGGAUAAGCAAAAAUGGGACAAAGCUAAAGACGGAUACUUCUUGAAAAGCCAAAUAUACAUUAUUAAGAUUCCACAGUUUAAGGGAGGCUCCAUCUUCUCAAUUAAGAUCAGAUGGUCCCAGAAGUUAUUAUUUAAUGAUGGCGAGUUCUGUCUUAUAGUUCCCUUCUGCUUUCCUUCAUAUGUUGCCCCUUUUGGAAGAAAUAUUUCUAAGAAAGAGAAGAUAUCUUUGAAAGUGAAUUUUGGUGCUGCAAAUGAAGUGUUGUGUAAAACCACUAGUCAUCCUCUUAAGGGACUAAUGCGCCAAGCUGGCAAAUUAAGUUUAUCAUAUGAAGCAGAGGUACCUGCUUGGUCAAGUACAGACUUCAGUUUCUCGUACAUGGUUUCUUCAAGUGACAUAUUUGGUGGUGCUCUCAUACAAUCCCCUUUCCUGCGUGAUUUUGAUGAAAGAGAGAUGUUUUGCUUCUAUCUUUACCCUGGAAAUAGCCAAGAUAGAAAGGUUUUUAAAAAGGAUGUGGUGUUCAUAGUAGAUAUAAGUGCAAGCAUGAAGGGAAGUCCUCUUGGAAAAGCAAAGAAUGCACUACUAGCAGUACUCCCUCAAUUAAACCCUCAAGAUACAUUUAACAUUAUAGCUUUCACUGGGGAGGCCUAUUUAUUCUCUCCAUCGAUGGAAACAGCUACAAAGGAAGCAAUUUUAAAGGCUUCUAAGUGGGUUGACGCUACUUUUAUUGCAAAUGGUGGUACCAACAUCAUGCUUCCCUUAACUCAGGCAAUGAACCAACUUCGGAAAUCAAGUCAUUCAGUCCCUCUUAUUUUUCUUGUUACUGAUGGGGCUGAUGAGGAUGAGAGAGAGAUUUGCAAUUUUGUGAAAAGCUAUGUAACAAGUGGAAAAUCAGUUCGCACGCCGCGUAUAAGCACUUUUGGCAUAGGUUUAUAUUGUAAUCACUACUUCUUGCAAAUGCUAGCACAAAUUGGGAGGGGUCACUAUGAUGCCGCUUAUGAUUUAGAUACAAUUGACUUUAGAAUGCAAAGGCUAUUUAAUACUGCUUCAUCAGUUAUAGUUGCUGAUAUCACCAUUGAAAGUUUAGAAGGCCUUGAUUCACAGGAGUUGUUCCCAAGUCAUAUUCCUGACCUAUCAUUUGCAAGUCCAUUGAUAAUAUCAGGCAGAUACAAUGGAACUUUUCCUGAAGUAGUUAAGGUUACUGGAACUUUGGCAGAUAUGACCAGCUUUGUAGUGGACCUUAAAGUGCAAAGAGAAAAGGAUAUGCAACUCACUAAUGUCUUUUCAAAGAGACAUGUAGAUCUAGUCACUGCUCAAGCCUGGUUAUUAGAAAGUGAAGAGCUGGAAGAGAAGGUUUCUAAAAUGAGCAUUCAAAAUAACGUCCCAUCAGAGUAUACCUGCAUGGAGAUGGUUCUUGUGAAGAAAGAUGAUGGCAAAAAGGCAUCUGGAGAAUUUAUGUUAAAAAAGGCAUACAGCCAAGUGAGCAAACUUAGCCUCCAGGGAUUGGAAAUUGAACGUCCAAAGUUAUUCCUUGGAGGACUUAGGCAUGGAUUUGGUGACUUGAAAGCAACUUCUGAGAACAUUCCACCAGCAACAAAAGAAGCAAAACCAUCUGAUCCAGGACUAUUGGAGAAGGCAGCCUCUACUUGUUGUGGUAUGGUGGCUAACACAUGUUGUGGCAUGUGUCUGCUAAAGACAUGUUCUUUAGUGAAUGAUAGUUGCACCAUAGUUUGCACUCAACUUUGUGCGGCCUUGGCUUGUUUUGAGAUAAUUAAAUGCUGUAUUGAGCUAUGUGAUUGUGAUUGUGAUUGCUUGUAGUGAAAUUAUAUUUCCAGUUAAACAUAAGAAAAUCUGUUUAGCAUUACAAAUCAAAAUUGCUAAACGGUGUAUGUAAGCUCUUGUAUAAUAAUAUUACAGCUUGCUUCUAUUCCAAAUUUCCAUUAGUUCCUGAUCUAAGGAGAAAUGAUAAAAAAAUAUUAAACAG